AUGGGUUUCUGCCAGCAGGACACACUGACUAAUGAGGACGACACUCUCACACAGCAUUUCAAGGAGGUUUUCCAGGUGGUGCUGGUAUUCGCCCUGAGCAUCGGCGCUCUCGUGAUUUACUUCAUCGACUCCUCUGACCCCAUCGAAUCCUGUCAGCAUUUCCAAAAGGACUUCACGUUGCAGAUCGACAUGGCCUUCAAUGUGUUUUUCUUGUUGUACUUUGGACUCCGUUUCAUCGCGGCCAAUGAUAAGCUGUGGUUCUGGCUGGAGGUGAACUCAGUGGUGGAUUUCUUCACCGUUCCGCCCGUGUUCGUGUCCGUGUAUCUGAACAGAAGCUGGCUGGGAUUGAGGUUCUUACGAGCCUUGAGGCUGAUCCAGUUUUCAGAAAUAUUACAGUUUUUAAAUAUCUUAAAGACAAGCAACUCCAUAAAGUUGGUGAAUUUGUGCUCAAUCUUUAUAAGCACAUGGCUGACGGCAGCGGGGUUCAUACAUUUGGUGGAAAACUCAGGAGAUCCUUGGGAGAGUUUCCAAAAUUCCCAACCUCUUACCUACUGGGAGUGUGUGUACCUGCUCAUGGUAACCAUGUCCACAGUGGGUUAUGGAGAUGUUUGUGCUAAAACAACCCUCGGCCGCCUUUUCAUGGUCUUCUUCAUUCUCGGAGGAUUGGCCAUGUUUGCCAGCUACGUUCCUGAAAUCAUAGAGUUAAUAGGAAACCGCAAGAAAUAUGGUGGUUCCUAUAGUGCAGUAAAUGGGAGAAAGCAUAUCGUCGUCUGCGGUCACAUCACACUGGAGAGCGUCUCCAACUUCCUGAAAGACUUCCUACACAAGGACAGGGAUGAUGUCAAUGUAGAAAUAGUUUUUCUCCAUAAUAUUUCCCCUAAUCUUGAGCUGGAAGCCUUAUUCAAGAGACACUUCACACAAGUGGAGUUUUACCAGGGAUCUGUUCUCAACCCUCAUGAUCUCGCUCGAGUGAAGAUUGAGUCGGCCGAUGCCUGUCUGAUCUUAGCCAAUAAAUACUGUGCAGAUCCUGAUGCAGAAGAUGCAUCCAACAUCAUGAGGGUGAUAUCCAUUAAAAACUACCAUCCAAAGAUCCGCAUUAUUACACAGAUGCUGCAGUACCACAAUAAGGCUCAUCUUCUCAACAUCCCGAGCUGGAACUGGAAGGAAGGUGAUGACGCGAUCUGCCUCGCCGAGCUGAAGCUGGGCUUCAUCGCCCAGAGCUGCCUGGCACAGGGUCUGUCCACCAUGCUGGCCAACCUCUUCUCCAUGAGGUCCUACAUCAAGAUUGAAGAAGACACAUGGCAGAAGUAUUAUCUCGAGGGAGUAGCCAAUGAAAUGUACACGGAGUAUCUGUCCAGUGCCUUCGUGGGUUUAUCCUUCCCCACGGUCUGUGAACUGUGCUAUGUGAAGCUGAAACUCCUGCUGAUCGCGAUCGAGUAUAAAUCAGACCAGAGAGAGAGCAGCACACUGAUUAACCCGGGCAAUCAUGUGAAGAUGCAGGAGGGAACGCUGGGCUUCUUCAUCGCCAGUGAUGCCAAAGAGGUGAAGAGGGCACUUUUCUACUGUAAAGCUUGUCACGAUGACAUAACAGACGCAAAACGGAUCAAGAAGUGUGGAUGCAAACGGAACAAGAAGUCCAACUACAAGAGAAUGCGUCUGGCAUGUUGUGUAGCUUGCGGUGGGGCAGAACGUGGCUGCUCGUGCAUGUCAGACAGUGUGGCUAGUAACAUGGAGGUUCUGCACCGUGGCUUCCCCCUCUCUCCCGUGUCUCUGUAUGAUAACACGACCACUUUACACUCCUCUAAAAGUAACUAUAACGGAUACAUCAAAUCAAUUGAGGAGGAACAGCAGUCGGCUCUGUCGCCCAAGAAGAAACAGCGUAACGGAGGAAUGAGAACGUCGCCCAAUUGCUCGCCAAAGAUCAGGCAUGACCCGUUGCUGGUCUCAGGACACGAUCAAAUGGAAACGAUGGAUGAGAACAUAAAGAAAUAUGAUUCUACAGGAAUGUUUCACUGGUGUCCAUCGAAAGACAUAGAGAAGGUCCUCCUGACUCGGAGCGAGGCGGCGAUGACCGUUUUGAGUGGUCACGUGGUGGUUUGUAUAUUCGGGGACGUGAAGUCGGCUGUGAUUGGUCUGCGUAACCUGGUGAUGCCUCUGAGAGCCAGUAACUUCCAUUACCACGAGCUGAAGCCCAUCGUGUUCGUGGGCUCUCUGGAGUACCUGAAGAGAGAGUGGGAGACGCUACACAACUUCCCCAAAGUCUCCAUCUUACCGGGCACUCCAUUGAGCCGGGCCGAUCUGAGAGCCGUCAACAUCAACUUGUGUGACAUGUGCGUCAUCCUGUCAGCCAAUCAGAACAACAUCGACGACGCCUCUCUUCAGGAUAAGGAAUGUAUUCUGGCGUCUCUCAACAUCAAGUCUAUGCUGUUUGAUGACAGUAUUGGACUUCUGCAGGCCAACUCUCAAGGUUUCACUCCUCCUGGAAUGGAUCGCUCCUCUCCGGAGAACAGUCCUGUUCACGGACUGGUACGGCAGGCGUCCAUAACCACAGGAGCAAACAUUCCCAUCAUCACUGAGCUCGCUAAAACAGACAAGUUGCUGCCCCUGGUUUCUCUGAGCCAGGACAAGAGCAGCGGAAACAACAUCCCAAUGAUAACUGAGCUGGUGAACGACUCAAACGUCCAGUUCCUGGACCAGGAUGAUGACGACGACCCCGACACAGAGCUGUAUCUCACACAACCCUUCGCCUGUGGAACGGCGUUUGCCGUCAGUGUGUUGGAUUCAUUAAUGAGUGCUACGUACUUCAAUGACAAUAUCCUGACUCUGAUCCGGACGCUGGUGACGGGAGGCGCCACACCGGAGCUGGAGGGUUUGCUGGCGGAGGAGAACGCUCUGCGAGGAGGUUACAGCACUCCUCAAACUCUGGCCAACAGAGACCGGUGCCGGGUCGCUCAGCUGGCGCUCUAUGACGGACCCUUCGCUGACCUGGGGGAUGGUGGCUGUUAUGGUGAUUUAUUCUGUAAAGCAUUAAAGACGUACAACAUGUUGUGUUUUGGGAUCUACCGUUUAAGAGACGCACACCUGGGAUCACCCAGUCAGUGCACCAAACGAUACGUGAUCACGAACCCUCCGUACGACUUUGAGCUGGUGCCUACAGAUCUGAUCUUCUGCCUGAUGCAAUUCGACCACAACGCCGGCCAGACCCGCGCCAACCUGUCCACCAACUCCACCAACUUCCCCAGCAAGAAGAGCCCGUCGGGCCAGUCCAUCCCAUCAUCCACUCGACCGGGCCGGAGCCGGAGCCGGGACCAGCGGGACAAACAGAAUGCGCCCAGGACGAAUAGAGCGGUCUCAGAGCAUGCUUCAGGCCGUAAUGAUGUCAAUCAUUCUGCAGACAGAAACUGGUACACGGAUGAACCCGACAACAGCUUCCCCAGGAACACACAACUCAAACACACCAACACACACGCAGCCAAUCAGAUCAAUCAGUACAAAUCCACCAGCACCCUCAUCCAGCCAAUCAGAGAAGUGGAGGAGCCGUGAGACGACCAUGGACUCGCCGGAUCACGGACACACUGAAUGUGAAUGUGUGUGUUAUUGUGGCCGCUGCUCAUCGACAGACUGUCUAUAUUAGAUUGUGUGCAUUUAAAUAAUGCUCGUUGUUUUUCCCUGCUCUCAUCGACUUGAAUAAAUGUACAACCGUUAGACCUUAUUCAGAGCGGCG